AUGCCCAUCGCCAUUACAUUACAUCCUUCUACACCACCACUGAAAAUGGCCAGAACACCACAAAAAAAGACCAAAACCAAGGCCACAAAAGCCGCAAAGCCUGCUGCUGCCACCGAGGCUGAGGAGCAAAAUACAAGCACUCCUACCCCUACCAAAGUGUCUGAAAACGAGCUGGUUUCUGGAUCGGACGUAGACUUCUCCUCCGAGGAUGAGAUUGAAAUUGACGGUAUUACGGAAAACGUCGCUUCUUCUACGAAAGCUGCUGGCCACAUUGUCAAUCUUUCGAAAGAUCGUGCUCAGGACUCGCAAAAUGUUUCUCAAAAGUCAAGAGGUACCUUGUAUGUGGGUAGUCUUCCUAAGAUGUUUCAGCAAUAUGAGUUGAAGAAGUACUUUUCCCAAUUUGGCGACAUCACCCGUGUCAGACUUUCCAGAAAUAAGAAAACCGGUAGAUCCCGUUGUUAUGGAUUUGUCGAGUUCAAGGACCCAAGUAGUGCCGAGAUUGCAGCUGAGACCAUGAACAACUACCUCAUUUCAGGUACCAACCUUAAGGUCCAGGUAUUGAAGGACCAUGCAGACAACCUCUUUUCAUCCAAGAUGAAGAGCUCUUUUGGUGAGUUCGAUUGGAGAUCAAAGGAGUCUAACGAGUACAACGCCCCUAAGCCAUUGGAGGUGUGGAAGCAAUUACAACAGGAAUAUGAGCAGAAAAAGACUGCUAAGUUUGAGGAGUUGAAGCUGGCCGGUUUUGAGUACGCGCUCGAGGCGUAA